AUGGGAGACUCAGGCAACGAUGCUUUGCAAUUGACAAAUUGUAUUUUCGAAAUUAUGGGUGGCCAAAACUUGGCAUACUUCGAUUUUUGGCUAUCCGAUGUAAUCAGGUUAGCUGCUGCUACUCCCUACUUCUCAUCUUCAAGAACUGCAGCCUUCCAGCCUUACACUCAUCCUACUACUCAAAGUGGUAUUGGCAGACUUCAAUCCUCUGUUGCUGCGCCCACACCAGGAGUCAGACGGGUUUAUGAAACAGGAGAAUCAUCAAGACGUGUUGAGGAUAGGGAUUCCAACAAUAACCUGCACCUUGGCGACUCAUCCAAACGCAAAAACAUGAUAAUCCUACAACGUGAAAAGGAUUCAGAACAGAACAAGCAACAAGAAACAUAUCUAAACAUGGGAGGUAUUCUGAAACCUCCUAAAAAAACGGUUUCCCGGCGAGGGAGUUCCGACGGUGAUUUUUCCGGUGAGGGAGUUCCGGCGGUGGUUUCCGGCGAGGGAGUUCCGGCGGUGGUUUCCGGCGAGGGAGUUCCAGCGGUGAUUUUUCCGGUGAGGGAGUUCUGGCGGUGGUUUCCGGCGAGGGAGUUCCGGCGGUGGUUUCCGGCGAGGGAGUUCCGGCGGUGGUUUCCGGCGGUAAUUUUCCGGCGAGUGAGUUCCAGCGGUGGUGGCAAAGGUUCCGGUGGUGGUGGUGGUGGUGGUUCUGGGCUGGGAUGGUGGUGUGAAUAG